AAAGUUCUUUGGUGUGGAAAAUGUCAGAAUCAAAUUAUCACAUGCCCCAAUGUAACACGUCCGUCAAGGUGCUGUUAUGCGAUGUGCUGGGGAAACGCCAUUGUUAGGGGCUAUCAAUGGGACAGGAAGACUUUGAUCAGGUGUGGGAAACACCCAGUCUUACACAAGCUGAAUUUCUUGCGGCGGAGGAAAAAACAUUUCACUCUUUGAAAGCAGCAGACAGAAACAGCAGGCUCGUACAAUAAGCCUCGGCCAGCUUCACGCUGCUGCUUGUUUGUUGUGCGUUCAAAAAGGAUGGAUGCUCGGGAGGCGUAUGAUGUUCACAGGAGCAGGAUGUCCAAGUGCGCGCGAAACCGCGAAUGUCGGCGUGUGUGCGUUCAGUGAACCUCUGAGCCUUCCGGUGCUCUUACAUGCUGGACCUUAGACAACCAGUGCAGGGUGUGUGUGUGUGUGUGUGCGUGUGUGUGUGCCGGUGUGCUCGGGGGCCGUAGGGGUUUGGGGACUUUCUAUUGACAUGAUCAACAUGUGCACAUGAGUGGCUGGGUUACUGAUUACAGUUAAUGCUGUAGCGUGUUUGUGAUAAGACUCUUGCUCUAUAAGCACAAAGUCCUGCCAGGGACAACAAGCCUCCGGCUACUUCAGCUCAUCCCACCCAUCCCUCACAGGACCACCGCUGCCUCCACAGGUGUUGUGUUUUCUGCCUCCUUGCAUCUACCGAGAACACGGCAGCAUCAUGAGUGUGGAGACCAAAAAACCACGUGAGGUUUGCUGCUCCAAACUCAAGCUCUUCCUGGCCUCUCUGGCGUUUGUAUAUUUUGCCAAAGCCUUUUGCGGAGCCUAUAUGAAGAGCUCCAUCACCCAGAUUGAGAGGCGGUUUGACAUCCCCAGCUCCCUCAUCGGGGUUAUAGAUGGCAGCUUCGAAAUGGGCAACCUGUUGGUCGUAGCCUUUGUGAGCUACUUCGGUGCGAAGCUCCAUCGUCCCAGGCUGAUCGCUAUUGGCUGCUUGAUCAUGGCUACUGGAUCGUUCCUCAUCUCCCUGCCGCACUUCUUCCAGGGGCCAUAUAAGUACGAGACCAGCGUGACUCACAACAAAGACAGCAACAGCACCGAGAACAUCCUGCCCUGUCUUUCCAACCACAGCUUGACGGAUAUUGAUGACACUCCUGAUUUAGUGCCAAAAAUAGCUUGUGAAAAGGCCGCUGGCUCGUCCUUGUGGAUCUACGUAUUCCUGGGAAACAUGCUGCGGGGGAUCGGGGAGACUCCCAUCAUGCCUCUUGGCGUGUCCUACCUGGAUGAUUUCUCCAAAGAGGAGAAUACUCCUUUCUAUUUGGCCUGUAUCCAUACAAUGGGAAUCUUAGGACCGAUGUUUGGUUACAUGCUUGGGUCCUACCUUGCCAAGAUCUAUGUGGACAUUGGAUCAGUGGAUUUAGACAGUAUCACCAUCAACCACAAGGACUCCCGCUGGGUGGGCGCCUGGUGGCUGGGCUUCAUAGUGACUGGCACUGUGAUCCUGCUGUCCGGUAUCCCCUUCUGGUUCCUGCCCAAGUCUCUGCCCAAGCAGGGCGAAGAGCAGAGUCAGAGUAAGGGCACGGAACUGGCCACAGUGGCCGAGCAGGAGGACUUCCUCCCGGAGGAAAACCAGGAGCUUGAAGAGAAAGAGAAGCCGGUCACAUUCCGGGAGCUGGCUAAAGACUUCAUUCCGUCCCUGCGGCGACUCUUCAGGAACAGCAUCUUCUGCCUGAUGAUGCUCACCCACCUGGUGGCUGUCAACGGCUUCAUCGGCCUCAUCACCUUCAAGCCAAAGUUCUUGGAGCAGAUCUACGGCCAGUCGGCCUCCAAGGCCAUUUUCCUCAUAGGUAUACUGAACCUGCCGGCAGUAGCUCUGGGCAUCAUCACCGGAGGUUUUGUGAUGAAACGCUUCAAGCUGGGCGUCAUCGGAGCAGCCAGGAUGUCCAUUUCUGCCACCACCUGUGCCUUCAGUCUGCUCGCCAUGCAGGUCUUCAUGCACUGUGGAAAUGCAGAUGUGGCUGGUCUCACCGUCUCAUACCAGGGAGCCCCUGAGGUGUCCUACAACCAACAGACGAUGGUGUCGCAGUGCAACGUGGGCUGCUCCUGCUCAAUGAAGCACUGGGACCCGGUGUGCGCCUACAACGGCAUGACGUACGCCUCGCCCUGCCUGGCCGGCUGCCAGACCUCCACGGGCACUGGCAGGGACACGGUGUUCCACAACUGUACCUGUGCUGGGGAGAUGGCGUCUCCAGUCGUGAACAUGUCCGCAGUGCUGGGCCAGUGCCCCAGGAAGAGCAACUGCGACGGCAUGUUCAAAAUCUACAUGGCUCUGUCUGUGGUCGGGUCCUUCAUUUCCGCGUGCGGAGGCACUCCGGGCUACAUCGUGCUGCUCAGGUCCAUACAGCAGGACCUGAAGUCCCUGGCCUUGGGUAUGCAGACACUGAUAGUGAGAACUCUGGGUGGGAUCCCUCCUCCCAUUUAUUUCGGCGCACUCAUCGACCAGACCUGUUUGAAGUGGGGAACCAAGCAGUGUGGAGGUCGCGGAGCAUGCAGACUCUACAAUGCUAACGCUUUCAGAGUGACGUACAUGGGUCUGAUUAACGGAUUCUACCUCCUGUCCAACGUCCUGUGGGUGGGCCUCUACUUCGCUAUCGUCAAGCGGCAGAAGAAGCUGGCGCUGAGGAGUCAGGCCAAAGAAAAUGCGCUGGAGGGCAACGGGGCAUCCAACGGACACGCCAGCGUCAGCAUCGCCGGCGGCAAGGAGGACACGGACAAGGAGAGCACCAUUUGAGGCGGUUCGGCGGGGCAGGGUCACUGUGAGCGACACAUACAGUAUUUCUCAUCGCUUAACCACUUGUGCUGCCGCCCAGACUGGACCAAAACGCAGUAAUGGUACAGUGUCAGCUCUCUUCGGUCUUUAAGCAGUAUACCUCUUUUUAUAUACAGUGUGUGUACAGUAUGUGUUCAAUAUUUUGUAUGUACAGUACAUUGUUUUAAAUACUAGCGCAGGACAUCUCUCAAGUGUUGUUAUGAGUUACUGACAAGGUUUUCUUCCUUGUUUUUUUCCAGUUAUUGGCGCGAGAGAGUGUGUGUGUGAGAUAAUACAGCCCUCUGCAUUGUCUUCAAUGAACUGUAUAUUAAUGGAGACACUGGUGGUGGGGGGAGUUUUUUUUUAGCUUGUGUGUAAAAGUUUAGUAACAACCGCAGCGAAGUAAACGAGGCAUCUCGAAUACAGUUAGUCAGGACGACCGCGUCUUUACAAGAGUGACCCCCCUCCACUUACAGUACACAUGAGUGUCCUGUAGAUGGUUCAUGUUCCUGGCCAGCCGAACACGUGUUGUUCUCUGCUUCUGCCGGUCAGAGUCUGCGCUGCAGAUUUGCAGAGUCACUGUCAUUGUCGCUGCAGGCUGAUCGAGUCAGCGAGAGAAGCGCAAGCUUCCCUCACGGAAUUUUCAAUUCAAUUCAAUUUUUUUUGUAUAGCACCAAAUCACAACAUACAUUGUAUCAAGGCAGUAGUGAGGUCAAUAUUACAAUAUCACAGGGAAAACCCAACAAAUCCCACAAUAUGAAAGAAACAGUUUGUUACCGAGGAUCGGUGCCGAUGUGUAAUAUGCGUGGAGUGGAGGCCCUGACACGAUGCCAGUGCCACAUGUGAGUAUAUUGUAAAAAGAAUAGUUUUGCUAGUUAUUCAAAUUGCCCUUUCUAGCCAAGAUUCCAUUUUCUCGCUAAACUGUGCCUAGACCAUAAGGUAAUUUUCAUGUGUUGGGUUAUUUUUAUAUGAACAGUUAUUCCCAGGAGUGAGGAGGGCAGGUGAUGGGGAUAUUUUAUAAAAUGAGGCUUGUGUUUUCCAAACUAGCGAUGCUACGGAUGUUCAGCUGUAAUACACAAAGUUAGGUAAAGCCCUGGGAUUCGUCAGCCUUCGCAAAAAAACAACGACAUUGCAGUUUUGAAGGAUUUCAAACAAAUUCUGAGAUAAAUUCAAUUCAAUGUCAGUGCUUUAUUAAUUUAAAAAAAUCAAUUAUCUGACCAAGACCUGUUCCCUGGAUUGUAGAAUUCGGUUUGUUUGUCCUCAACUUUACCGGCACACUUUUUUUUAUUAGUGCACUGAUUUAGUCUGAUCUUAUUUUUGCCCUCGACCCCCACGUUGUAGACCAGUGUGACAGAGUCAUUCAUGCAAAAUGGAGUCAGACGCUUUCCUGAAGUCAAUUCAACUUUUUUGUUUGUUGUAAAUGUAGGUUAGGUCAUUCAAGUGUGAAGAGUGUGUACUGUACAUGGUCUGUGGUGAGGUAAAAAAUAAAAAAUGUGGAUAAACGUUUGUCUUGACAGCGUUGAUUCGGCCAGUCGGGGUCAAGGCUUCAGUGUGUGCAUCCACAUACGAAAAUCUGCGCUACAAAGCGUUUUUUAUGUAAAUGAGUGAUAUAAGUGAUAUACUCAGACGCUGGUCCCAAGGUCAAGUGAAAUUUGGACUACGUCAGUACUUUACCUAUACAUUAUUUGAGAUGCAUUUUAUUUGAUUCGCUGUCUGGAGUCACAGACACUGAGGCAAGAGAUGGGGACAUUUAGGCUGGCAACUUUCUUCUGUCUGUUCGCAACGUGCCCGUGCGCACCUGCCUGACACUGCACACACUUCUGGUUAUAUCACAUCAGUUUACACAAACUCUGAAGGUCGUGAACGUUUGCAUAGUCCUCUGGAUGUUCGUUCUGCACUGUGGACCGGGAGGAAGCGGAGGGCAACUCUUCUGCGUGUUUUACUUGUAACACUGACCCUAGUUGUUGAGAAUAAGAAAUUAUAUUUUGAUUUGGAUGUUUGUAUUGUUUCCACCUGUUCGGUUUUAUCAUUUCAUUCUUUUUACAAACGUCCAAAGUUCCCGAUUGUCCUUGAAAAAUAUCUGUGAGCAUUAAAGACAAAUUUUCACAAUA